AAAUGGCGCUGUUUAGAACUAUGAGCUUGUUCUUACCUGUUGUCAAAGCGGAAGACGAAGAUGAGAUUGUCGAUCCCCAAGCUGCGCUGAGG